AAUACUGAAAAGAGACGAGAUCUCUAGUCGAAACAUCGAACGAUUCUAUUCGAGACUGAGCGCUGCACCUGGCCGGACAGAAUUUUACCAACUUCGUUUUAGUUAAAAUCCAGAGGAUGGUGUUGUAUUAACUUUUCAGGUUAAGCGAUUGUGAAACUUGAAACGCGAAGAACGUACCGAAGUUAAUUCCCACCGAACUCAGUGGUUGAUAUUCGUCACCUACCUGAUGAAAAAGUUUGAUUGAUGAAAAUUAAUGAAUAAACACGUAAAAGAGUAGCCUUUGGACACUGCAGCGACUUGGUAAAAUACGUCUGAGGAAUACCAACAACAACAAUAACAUUACAAAACCAUAACAUACUAGGAACGAUGGCGAUGUACAUUUGCUCUCAAAUUUUAACAUGAUCUAAUAGAAACACAUAGGUAUGGAGAAACAAUAUACGAUAACAGCUUAGUAUCGAAUAACAAAUAGCUAAGGUUUGAAGCCAUAGUAGACUGAAGACCGUGACGGAAUGAUUGCUGUGCAAGGAUUCUCAGCUCUCUGACAAACCUGAGGCAUUGUACUGCCGGUCGUUGCUGUGAUCAGUUGAAAAACAAAUCAUUCUCCCAAAAACUGAUCAACGGUUGUACGGGAUCUGCUGAUCACAAAUGAAGAGGAGAUCGCAGCGGCGACCAGUUCUUGAUAUCAAUGGGGAACAGUCGGAGUCUCCCCGGGGAGGGCGGUGGCAAAAUAAAUAUCAACAGAUUGCUGUUGAUCAUCCCGAACAAAAUGGGACCUCGAAUAAUCCCCUGGCUAGUCUGCUUGUCCAAUAUAAUUCAGACAGCGAAGCCGAGGAUGGCAAGCAAGACACCAGUAAACUCAAUGACAAGGUUAACGAUUUUCUGAAGGAGAUUCAAAUGAUUGCCCCCCACACUGCGGAAUCUAGCAAAAUACCUGAAGUGACAGAGAAGACGAUCUUGACCCAAAGAGUCAGCAGUGAAGCUGAUCAGCGGGAAACUGGAAGCAGCCUUUGGCAGGAAUGUUUUGACGAGACGACUGGCUACCCUUAUUAUUGGCAUAUAGAGACAAAUCAAGUCACUUGGGAAAAACCGAGCGAAUUGAAAAUAAAGGAGGGUGGGCAAGGUGACACCAAUAAUCAGGUUCAAACAAAACCACAUGCCCAUCCAGCUCAUACUCAACUACCCUGGGCUAAUUUUCUGCCAAAUACAUAUCCAGAAAUGCAAACUGACAUCCCAGAGGGCAUGAUUCCCAAAGAGGUAGUGGCCAGAAAUAGAAACAGGCAGGUUGGAGUUGUGAGGGGUCACCAGCAGGAGUCUGAAGUUAUCACCACAGUUCCCAAAAAUACCAGACCCAAGGAGGACGAUUCUGAUGACGAAAAGAUAGAAAUGAUUACAUCAUUUGGAAAUGAUGAGAGCGAAUCGGAUACCAGUGACAAUGAGCUGGUUGUCAGUAAAGUCCGUGUCGAAAAAUCAACGCAUCAAAGGGUCGCAAAAUCACACACAAACUCUGCUUUUGAUAAACAUUCAAAAGCUGAUGUCACAGACGGCAUUUCUAUUGGACCAUCACUUCCACCUGGCAUUAUCCCUAUGAUUCACGGCCCAGAAAACGCGAACAUUGAUGCAAGAGAAGUUUCCGAAAACUCAAGGGUUCGAGUGCAGUCUAUGCGAAGAAAUAGUAACACUCCCGAUCAAAAUGCCUUGUCAGAGGAUGCGCCACGACAAAGCGACGAAAUUGAUGAGGAGGAUAUUUUAAAGAGGCUUAGAAAUCAAGCAAAUUUACUACAGGCCUUAGGUGGUGAGGUUCCGAAAUCGGUGGAAACUCUGAUAAGUAAUGACAUCGUAUCGGAGAAUGGAGCUAUUUCAACUAGUGCAAAUGCAGUUCUUACAAACCUAAAAAAUUCUGUAAGAUGGCGGGAUAGUGGAAUGAAAAAUUUAACUCCUGACAGAGAUAAGGAGAAUGAGGAUACAAACCGCCAUAACCAAAUCAAAAUAUCCCUUGUCGCCGGGUAUAGCGAUGAUUCUGAUCUCGAAGAGGAGACGUCUCCAAAAACAGAUGUGCCUCCUUUGCAACCACUAUUUCCCAUAUCGGGAUACAUUGGCACUGAUGGUUCUAAUUCUAAUGCCGUUCAGAGCUCGCCAUACCAAAUCUGUGAAACACCUGCCAUUGAUGGAGGGUCAAAUAUCUCUGGAACUAGAGAACUAAAGUCCAGUUACAGUGAAGGAGACGAAAAAACAUUGACUGAGGAUUCACAGAGGACUGACAAUACGGGACGAACUGAAGGUGGGGUACCUACAACGUCAGUGAAUGAUGAAGUCCGAACAUUCGGAUCGGAGAACGAGCUGCCUAAGCAAAAUACAUUUUUGGAGAACCUGGAAAUGCCUGCAAAAGGUUUUCAGAGAAAAAAACGGAUUGCCUUUGAUGUCGUGCCUAACAAAACUAGUAGACAGCCUGAUCCAGUGCAAAUUCAAAAAAUGGAAUCUUCAACCUUGACCUCGAGCAAUAUAAGGUCGUGUGAAGACACUGAGCGCCACGGAUUUGGCUUCCACAAAGAGCAGGAGCAUCAGUCUGUUUUGGAAAACGGAGAUUCUUCAGAUAUGACCAAAGAGAUGAGCGAUAAACAAUCUAGAGGCAGCUCUGUCAGUCAAUUGAGCAAAUCCAUAAGUUUUGUAAAAGGAGAAACCUCGAACUUCAGAACAGCGGAAGAAACACCAAAGCCUGUGGAGAAACCUGUAGAAGUUGACCACAAACAGCUGAAAGAAAUGACAGAUAUCGUAAUGGAAAAAAUAAAAUUCUUAUCUGAAGGAAGCCAAAACCUAUCCGCUAUUCAAAUUAUGGUGAUACAACUGCAAACGCUUUGUGGUGCUUGGGAAGCAGGAGAGCUGAAGGAAGGCUACCUCUUCGAAUGGUUGAAAGGUACGGGACUUGAGUUGGCCAGAUUAGAGCAGGCAGCUGCGCCUCCGGGAUGGGAUUGUCAUUGGGACAGAUUGCAUAAACGCUACUAUUAUCGCAACGCUACCACGGGGGAGGCUCAAUGGACUUAUCCUGAAGCUGAUGUUGUCGGUGGCACUGAAGAAAUGGAUUUGUGCACCACACCUCCACCACCAGAUGAUGUGGAACUUGAGGCAAUUGAUGAGAGAUCGAGGCCAAAGUUAGACUCAGCUUCUAUGAUGUCGCUGCAAGAAUCUCCCACCAAAUCCUUGACCGCUGAGGGGCACAAUAAAAUAAUUCAGAUAACCAAGGAUGAAUAUAAGAGCUUGGAAGCUCCACCCCCGCCGCAGAUUUCAAGCCCAAGUCCCCCGCCACCUCCAAGAAUAUUUGCAGAGGAUUUAAAAAAAGGGAAAAAACGGCGUGGUAGUGGCAGCGAUGGCAAUGGAGAGCUGAAGAAAGAUAAAAUAGACUCUGCUCCUCCCUCCGACGCUAAAGAACGAGUGGAUGCUUUGCCACCUUUGCCUCCGGCACCUUCAAGUGACCUGUCACAACCGCCACUACCCCCAAAUCCACCUUGUUCCACACACACCCCAAACCCACCAAACGGCGAGCCUCUACCACCAGGUGUCGACCCCAAGGACAUGCCAUAUACUCUGCCUGUUACUACGAUGGAACCUGGUGCCGUUAUAUACAAUGCAGGGUCGGCACAGCGGACGAAUCCCAUCUAUGCUGCUACCAUUGGUAACAGGGGAAUCGCUACGCUACCGAUCAUAGAUCACCGGUCAGCGAUCAUUCAAGGACAGCUAAUGCAUUAUCCGGCUUAUCAGCAUUUACACAAUCAAGCAAUGAUCGCGGCAGCAGGAAGUCUAGCUGGUCAAGAAAGUGUACAAUUUAUGAUAACAGAUUACGCUCAAAUCUAUGCAAACACACAAGUGAUCGCUAAGCCACCGAUUAAGUCACAAAACGAAUCAUUGGGUUCAGCCUUAGACUCAUUUUACAACGAUAUCGCAUCUAUAGAGAAGACAAAUGCUGAGCAGGACUCUAAUGGUUUUGAAACACCCGGAGAGACAACCCCCCCACCACCGAUACCCACAAUUCCGAAUACUGCGACAUCUCAUACAGAAGUCGAUCAAGUUAAUGUAUCUUCAGAUCCUGCGGUCAAGGAGAAAGAUAAGGAAAAAGAAAAAGAGAAGGAGAAAGAGAGAGAUAAAAAAAAGAGAAAGUUUUAUUUUUCUUUGUUGUAUGCAGACGAAAAUAGGAAUUGGAAAAAAGCAAAAGGAGAUGUCGACAAUGGUGGCAAAGUGGCAACGAGCACAACAAGACUUUGGUGGCAGCGAAUAGCCCUGACCGAUAGUAUAGUUACUCAAUGCCUGUGCCCAGGCCAAUGGUAAUUCUGAUUAGGCCUGACUGAUGUUGAAUUCGGCCAUUUUGUAUCAAGAUCAAAUCGGCCAAUGAAAAACAUUGAUGCGGUGGCAAGACCUGUAACUGCAUUCCAGGCAUAGAGCUUUGAUUCCAGGGACCAUAGUGAAAACCAUGU